AUGGUCAAGGCUACUGUUAUUGGUGCUGCCGGUGGUAUCGGCCAGCCUCUCUCGCUGCUGCUCAAGCAGUCGACGCUCGUCACCGACCUCGCCCUCUACGAUGUCGUCAACGCCCCCGGUGUCGCCGCCGACCUGUCUCACAUCAACACCCCUUCGGUGGUCACGGGCUACCUCCCCGCCGACGGUGGCCUCGGAAAGGCGCUCAAGAACGCCGACAUUGUCGUUAUCCCCGCCGGUGUCCCCCGUAAGCCCGGCAUGACCCGCGACGACCUCUUCAACCUCGACCGACUUCCCUUUAGCCACCGUAUCGACGAGUCGGGCGGUAUGCGGGGCAGCAGCGCAGCGCGCGGCCCUCCCAACACGCCUACCGAUCGAUAUGCGCUCGCCAGGCCACGCGCUGCACCGCGCACCGCCUGGCUUCCAAAUUUGGGGGGCCAAAGUCGAAUUUGUUGGUCCAUGCGCGGCGAGCCAGCUUGGGCUUUGACCAACAGCUGGGCUCGACUGACACCUCUUGUUGCUUUCCGCUUCUACGCCACCCAACAAAUCCGCUCGCAAUUUCCGACUUCCACAACUGCGCGCAUCUCUUCGCCUGCGCUAUUGGCUCGGCUGCACCCUCUCCGGCGUCUUGAUCGCUCCUCGAUCGGACUCACAAUACCCCAUCCCUUCACCCGAACAUCGCGCCGGUCCGACUCGCAGAUCAACGCCGGCAUCGUGCGCGACAUCGCCGUCGGCAUCGCCGAGCACUCGCCCAAGGCCUUCGUGCUUGUCAUCUCCAACCCCGUCAACUCCACCGUGCCCAUCGUCGCCGAGGUCCUCAAGAAGAAGGGCGUGUACGACCCCAAGCGUCUCUUCGGUGUGACCACGCUCGAUGUUGUGCGCGCCUCCACCUUCAUCGCCGAAGCUGCUGGCAAGCCCACCGAGUCGCUCAACUACCGCAUCCCCGUCGUCGGCGGUCACUCGGGUGUCACCAUCGUGCCGCUGCUCAGCCAGAGCCAGCCGCCCAUCUCGGUCGGCCAGGACAAGAUCGAGCAGCUCACCAACCGCAUCCAGUUCGGCGGCGACGAGGUGGUCAAGGCCAAGGACGGCGCCGGUUCCGCCACGCUCUCCAUGGCCUACGCCGGUGCCCGCUUCGCCAUCGCCGUGCUCGAGGCUGCCUCGGGCAAGGCGCUCGCCCACCCCGAGAUGGGCUACGUCGACCUCACCGCCGACGCUGCGGGUGCCAAGGAGGUCACCUCGGUCAUCGGCAACGACACCGCCUUCUUCUCGGUGCCCCUCCAGCUCGGCCCCAACGGUGUCGAGAAGAUCCUGCCGCUGGGCAAGCUCAACGAGUACGAGUCGGAGCUCAUCAAGAAGGCCGUCGCCGACCUCAACGGCAACAUCUCCAAGGGUGUCCAGUUCACCGCCAACCUCUGA